AUGUCCACGUCCAACGUCGCGCCGCAGCACCACAGCGACGCCCACCUGGCGCAUCUGCAUGCUGUAGGGGUGGUUCAGAGGGAGCAGAGCGUGGGGCUCAAGAUUCUGCUGGGCGGCAUCGCCAAUACCAUUUCCGCUGCGGCGACCAACCCUAUUGACGUCAUUAAGGUGCGACUGCAGCUACAGGCACUAGAGUCGUCGGCCGUCAUGUCUUCAGCAGCGGUGGCGGCUGGCACAGUCGCUCCAACUCGGUACCUUGGCUUUGGACACGGUCUCCAGACUAUCGUGCAGGAAGAAGGAUGGUAUGGCUUGGCUAAGGGCUGGAAAGCCUCGCUGAUACGAGAGUUUACGUACUCGGGUAUCCGCUUCGGCAUGUACGACCAGGUGAAGGAGUUCUACGAAGACCAGAUAUUUCACACUUCCCCCGCCGAGCAAAGACGUACCCCGCUGUAUAUUAAACUGCUUUCAGGCGCCACGUCUGGUGGCAUUGGUAGCGCACUCGUGAAUCCUAUGGACCUUGUGAAGGUGCGCAUGCAGGCGGACCGCACGGGUACUCGCUACCACAACAGCUUCAUAUUUGCAUGCCGCAAGAUCUUCCAGGAUGAGGGCCUGAUCCAGGGCUUCUACCGCGGCGUGGCACCUACCACGUUUCGCGCCAUGGUGUUGACCGCUGCGCAGCUACCCAGCUACGACCACAUGAAAGAGACACUGUUGCAUCAUACUCCGCUGGAGGAAGGCGUGGCUGUACACAUGAUCUGCAGCAUGUUCGCCGGUCUCACGGCUGCGACGGCGUCCUCCCCGCUGGAUGUGAUGAAGACGCAGAUUAUGAAUGAAACCAACCUGGGCGGCAGGAACGUCCUAGGACGCGCCUUCAUGGGCGUUUUUCGAACGGAGGGUAUUCCAGGUUUCUUCAAGGGCUGGCUUGCCAACUGGUUUCGCCUCGGCCCACACACUAUCAUAUCGCUCAUGGCUUACGAGGAGCUGCGCGCUGCGAUGGGAAUCAAGCCCGUGUAA